CGCCGCCGGCCAGCUCGUGAGUUAGGGAGCAGUAAUUCCCACCCCUCGAAAUUUUACCCUGGGUAAUGGGGCGCUUGGCUGGAGUCUGGCCCCAGACUGGAUACGGCCAGCCUAAGAUCAUAAUUGAGCCUGAUAAAAUAAACUCUAGGUCAGCAUCCUUGCACUUGAUCCACCCUUUACAGUACAAUCUUACUCAUGCUUUACUUGGAAGUAUGUCUCACUGUGCUCAGUGAGGCUUGCUGUCAGGCUGCAGAAUAUCUGAAUCUUUGAUCAAAGAAGAAAGUUAUAAUGUCUCAUGCACGCAAGCCUCCUCUUGUGACAGGAAUUUCUCCCAAUGAAGGCAUCGCAUGGACAAAGGUCACAAUUCGAGGAGAAAACUUGGGAGUGGGCCCAACAGAUCUAAUAGGCUUGACAAUCUGUGGACACAACUGUCUUCUGACUGCUGAAUGGAUGUCUGCCAGCAAAAUUGUAUGCCGAGUAGGUCAAGCUAAGAAUGACAAAGGGGACAUUAUCGUCACUACAAGGUCAGGAGGCAAAGGGACUUCAACUGUUUCUUUUAAACUUCUGAAGCCUGAAAAAAUAGGUAUUCUGGAUCAGUCUGCUGUCUGGGUUGAUGAAAUUAACUAUUACGACAUGCGCACUGACAGGAACAAAGGGAUGCCCCCUUUGUCUCUUCGUCCUGCUAACCCUCUUGGUAUUGAGAUAGACAAAGGAAAGUUUCCACAGAAGGAACUGGAAGCUCUAUUUCCUGGGAUGAGUGCUGACUUCACAAGUGAAAACUUUUCUGCUGCCUGGUAUUUGAUAGAGAACCAUUCAACGACGAGUUUUGAUCAGCUUAAAAUGGCAGUAAUGAAUCUGAAGAAACAAGCCAACAAGAAGAAUGAAGGAAGUCUACAGUAUGUCAAAGGAGGCCUCAGUACCUUUUUUGAAGCACAAGAUGCCCUAUCAGCAAUCCAUCAAAAACUGGAAGCGGAUGGAACAGAAAAAGUGGAAGGAUCCAUGACGCAAAAACUAGAGAAUGUUCUGAACAGAGCAAGUCACACUGCAGAUACUUUGUUCCAGGAAGUUUUGGGUCGCAAAGACAAGGCUGAUUCUACAAGAAAUGCUCUCAAUGUCCUGCAGCGCUUCAAAUUUCUUUUUAAUCUUCCAAUGAAUAUUGAAAGAAAUAUUCAAAAGGGCGAUUAUGAUGUCGUCAUUAAUGACUAUGAAAAAGCUAAGUCAUUGUUUGGGAAGACUGAGGUGCAAGUGUUCAAAAAAUAUUAUGCUGAAGUUGAAACACGGGUUGAUGCACUAAGGAAACUGCUUCUGGAUAAGUUGCUUGAGACUCCAUCAACAUUACAUGACCAAAAACGCUAUAUAAGAUACCUUUCUGAUCUCCAUGCAGAAGGGGAUCCAGCUUGGCAAUGUAUCGGUGCCCAGCAUAAAUGGAUUUUGCAACUUAUGCACAACUGUAAGGAGAGCUAUGUUAAAGAACAAAAAGCCCAAUCAGGCAAUCCAUUACUGCAUAGUCCAAUGUUGGAUCUGGACAGUGAAGUUCGCCCAUCCUCACUUGGCCAUCUCAGUCGGAGUGCUUCACUGAAAAGAGGCAGCAGCAAUCAGUCCAGUCGUGAUGAAACUUGGCGAUUUAAAGCUCCUCAGCAAGUGGCGUUUGUUGAAAAGCUAACAAAGCUUGUUGUAAGCCAGCUCCCCAACUUCUGGAAACUCUGGAUUUCUUAUGUGAAUGGGAGCCUCUUUAGCGAGACUGCUGAAAAAUCAGGCCAAAUGGAAAGAUCAAAGAAGAAUGCUAGACAAAGGCAAAAUGAUUUCAAGACUAUGAUUCAGCAAGUGAUGAAGUCCCUAGUCAAACUGAUCCGUGGUGCCUUACUUCCAAUCAGCCUUGGAGACAGUGAGCUGAGAGAAUAUGGUGGUUGGGAGAUGAAAUCUGAGCUUUCUGGUCAAUGGUUACCUCAUGUUAUCCAGACAAUUAGGCUUAGCUAUGAAUCUCUUGCUGCACUUGAGAUACCGAAUGAUAUGCUUCAGAUCAUCCAGGAUCUUAUUUUUGAUCUCAGAGUUCGUUGUAUAAUAAUUACUUUACAACAUACGGCUGAAGAUGUAAAGAGAUUAGCUGAAAAGGAAGAUUGGGUGGUGGAUAAUGAAGGCCUAACCUGUUUGCCAUCUCAGUUUGAACAGCGUGUUGUGCAUUCUGUGCAGUCACUUAAGGGUGUCCUGGACUGCAAACCUGGAGAGACCAGUGUUUCUCAGCAACCAAAAAUACAGGAGGAAGUGUGCCAGCUGAGCAUUAACAUUAUGCAGGUAUUCAUUGACUGUCUGGAACAGUUGAGUACCAAGCCCGACAGUGAUGUUGACGCUACACAUCUUUCAGCUGAUGUUUCAUCUUCAGAUUUAUUUGGAAGUAUCCAUGAAGACUCCGAUUUGUCUUUAGAGCGGAGACUUUUAAUUGUGCUUAGUAACUGCUGCUAUCUAGAACGGCACACCUUCCUAAACCUAGCUGAACACUUUGAGAAACAUGGCUUUCAAGGCGUUGAAAAAAUCACCCAAGUUAGCAUGGACUCAUUAAAAGAACUUGAUCAACGACUGUUUGAAACGUACAUUGAACUGAAGGCUGAUCCCAUAGUAGGCUCAUUGGAAACUGGCAUUUAUGCAGGUUAUUUUGAUUGGAAAGACUGUCUUAUUCCAACCGGAGUCAGGAACUAUUUGAAGGAAGCCUUAGUUCAUAUCAUUGCUGUACACGCUGAGGUAUUUGCCAUCUCAAAAGAGCUUGUACCCAGAGUGUUGUCAAGGAUUGUCGAAGCAGUUGCUGAAGAACUCAGCAGGCUAAUGCAGUGUGUUUCAUCCUUCAGCAGAAAUGGUGCUUUGCAGGCCCGGCUUGAAAUCUGUGCACUGAGAGAUGCUGUGGCUGUAUUCCUCACAUCUGAAAGCAACUCCAGCUUUAAGCAAGCUUUGGAAGCCUUGCCGCAGUUGUCAAGUGGUGGAGACAAAAAGUUGCUAGAAGAGCUACUAAAUACAUUCAAGAGUAGCAUGCAGUUGCAGCUCACCUGCUUUCAAGCUUCUUCUUCCACAGUGGUGAAGACAUAAGGCAAUUCUAGAAUGUAACCAUUUUAGGAAAAGGAAACACUAUCACUCUUGAUCUUCGUAUUCCUUCUAUACAUGCUAUUGUAUUUUUGUGUUGUUCACCUUGCUGACAAGUAACUGUAUUGGCCCAUUUGUGUGAAUUGUCUCUCAUGAAUCAGAACUCCAAAGGUUAAAAAGUCUCAUUUACUUGUCAGCCUGUCACUCCGCAUUGGCUUUACUUCUGGCGAUGAGAUGCAGCAAACAGAAGAUUUUUGUUGUUAGGGGUAUGUCUUGAAAAUAUGCCAAAUGAUAAAAUUCUGUAUGGUAAUUUAUCACAUUACAUGUGUUUUGCAAGCUGGUUGGCAAGUACAAAACUAAGAGAAGAACUUUAUUAUUUUCCUGCUUCCCUAUACUUCUGAUCAGUUACAGAAAUGUAGUAAAAUUCUUUCCAAAUAGAUUAUUGGCUUAUCAAGUGGUGACAUGUACAUCAUGAUUAUCAUCUGCAUUCACCAAUAGACCUCUCAGCUUUAGGUAUACCAUUUGCCAGGUUUGUAAAAAUCUUUUUCAACCAUGUUGUAACUCUUCCAGGAGUUGGAUGACAAAAAAUGUAUUGAAAUGUGAGUAUCUAAUAAAUAGAAGUGUCUACUCAUGA